AUGGCAGCCAUGGCCGCCGACGCAGCAGGUUCCCCGGCGCCCGCGGCCGCGGAGCGCGCGCGCAGCCACAGCCCGGCGCCCCGCUCCCCGGAGCGGGGGCCCGACAGCGUGUCGCGGCUCCUCGAGAGGAGGCGCGAGUGGAAGGAGGGCGCAGCGGCGGCCGCUGCCGAGAGCGCAGGGCAGCUCGAGGCCUGGCAGGAGGCGAUGAGCAAGACGCACAGCCCUUCUGCAACAGGGCGUGGCGAGAUGCUCGACCUGGUGGAGACGGUGGUCAGCGCGGCGGUCUCGGCGGCAGUACGCUCUGCCACGCCGCACAAGGCACGGCCGCAGCCAAGGCCUUCAGUCAGACCGACCGCAGCGCCGUUGCAGGCCAUCAUGGACGGCAAGGAGCACGCGCUGGACUCGCUCGACGCGUCCGGUGACGAUCCUGCGUUCGCGCUCCCGCUCGCCAAGGGCGUCGACGGCGGCUUCGGCGUCGACGGGCCCUUCCUGGCCGAGCUCGGCACCGACGCCCGAGCGCAAGGGGAGGUCUCGCUCGGCCAGGGUGGUCGACUGAGCAGGGCCUCCUACUACGACCUGGACCCCAAGGAGAAGGACCGCCUCCACGGGCUCAAGGUGGAGAGCGGCGACGAGCUCCUGGACUGGUACGACGACGUGGGGAUCGCGGGCAAGCAGUACGCAUCUUCGGCAGCUGGGUUCAUGGACGGCAUGGGCGCCGUGGGACACGAGCUUGCGGAGGUGCCGCCGUUCCCGUCCCUCGGCGUGCUGGGCAACUUCGAGGUGGACGUCGGCAGUCGCGAGCUGGUGGCAAGCCAGAUGGACUACGAGGGCGUCACGGACAACUUCAAGGUGGUGGACGUCGAGAGUCGCGUGCUGGUGGCAAGCCAGGUGGACAUCGAAGGCGUCGCGGGCAACUUCAAGGUGGACGUCGAGAGUCGGGCGCCGGUGUCAAGCGUAGACCUCGACGGAGAGCGAGAGCAAGGUGGUCUUCCAGAGUGGGUUCGCCAGCUCAACGAGGGCAUCUUCGAGAAGCAGGAGCAGGUGGUGGCCGCCCGCCGCCUCGGCGUCGACGUGGUCACGGCUGUGCUCCCCGCGAAGGGCCAGGUCGUGAAGGCCGAGUGCGGCGAGAACAGCGGCGAGGUGGAGGUCGGUCGCAAGUCGCGGAAGGAGCAGGUCCUGGAGGUCAUCAUGGGCCUGAUCCUGCACUUCAAGGAUGAGGACCUCCACUACGCGGGCGAGCUCAUCGAGCUCUACGACGGGCUGAUGCUCGACGUCGAGGGCUCCCAGCGGGACCAGGGGUUCGCCCCCCUCCGCGCCCCCGCUCGCUCGGCCAUGGAGUCGCGCUCGGCGCGGCGGCGGCGGCAGCGGCGCGCCGCCGCCCGCUGCGCCGCCGCCGCCGGCCUGGCCGGCCUGCUGCCGCCGCGGCCCGGCGUGGCCCCUGGCUGCCUCGCGGCCGCCGCGGCCGUGGCGGCGGCCGGCCGCGGCGAGACCGCCGCGGCCGCCGGCGCUGUGGCGCGCGCUGCUGCUCUGGGGCCAGCCGCGGCGGCCGCGGCCGCGCGGGCGCGGCGGCUGCCGCCGGCCGCCGCGGCCGCUGGUGCCGCCGCUCCCGCCGCCGGCCUCCCCGCCGCGGCCGCCUUCGGGGCCGGUGCGGCCGCGAGGGCUGGGCCGGCUGGCGGCGGCGGCCUGCCCGCCGAGGCGCUCGCCGCGGCCGCCGCUGCUGCCGAGGCCGAGGUUGAACUACAAUGGACCGUUGGAUUGGACUAG